CAUUACUUUUACUAUCGUUAGUGCAAUUUGACCUAAUCGUUUGUGACGCCAAGAUCAUAAAUUUCCCCAAAUUUCUUAAAAAAAGGCAAAUUUGAUGAAAUGAAAGUCGGAUUUGGAAUCCACUUCUCGUUGUGCUUUUCCUCCACCUUGAAGCCUCAAUUUCUGGGUCAUUCCUACUCAACCCCCCCACUCCACUUCCGGUGCAACCACUACCACCACCUAUCCAUCUUCCACAGUCGGCCUUGUCUCCCGAUCCCCGGACAUACACCAAUCACUUCCUUCUCUGCAUCAUCAAUGGCUUCAUCUUUCAAACCUGAGCAAGCUAGAGUCCCCCCUGCCUUCCAAUUGCCCAUCCCUCCUAUCUCCAAGUUUAAGAUUGGAUUGUGCCAAUUGUUAGUCACUGCCGACAAGGAGAGGAACAUCGCUCACGCUCGUCAAGCCAUUGAGGACGCUGCAAAAAGGGGUGCCCAACUUGUUGUCUUGCCUGAAAUAUGGAAUAGUCCCUAUUCAAAUGAUAGCUUCCCUGUUUAUGCUGAGGACAUUGAUGCAGGCGGUGAUGCAUCUCCUUCAACAACUAUGUUGUCUGAAGUUGCUUCUCUAUUGAAGAUCACAAUAGUUGGUGGCUCUAUACCAGAACGAUGUGGUGAUAGGUUGUACAACACAUGCUGUGUUUUUGAUACUGAUGGGAAGCUUAAAGCAAAACACAGGAAGAUACACCUGUUUGAUAUUGAUAUUCCUGGCAAGAUUUCCUUUCAGGAAUCUAAGACUCUUACUGCAGGGGAAACUCCUACAGUUGUGGACACAGGUUUGUACUUAUUUCUCCCUUAGUCAUCACUUCCUAGCAUUGAUUCUUCUCAUG